AUGUUGACGAAGUCGAUGCUGGAGCGCAUUCCGCAGCUCCACGAACGCCGGUCGCGGCUUCUCGACCAAUACCAGAUCCGGCUCCGCUCGCACCGCUUGUCGGCGACGAGCACGCUUGUGAUCUAUGUGCCGUACUUGAUCUACCCCACGAGCCGCUGGUAUCGACUGUGGCGCCUCGUGCUCGUGCUCCUCACGUACUAUCAGCUGGUGACGAUUCCGUACGACGUGGCUUUUCUUCCGUGGGCCAACCCGCGCGACGACGCGAUGGGUCUCCUGACCAAUGCCCUCUUUGCCCUCGAUCUCGUCAUCAAUUUGAACACGGCGGUCCGCGUCUCGGACGUGACCUUCAUCACGACCCGGAAGCACAUUGCGCGCAUCUACUUUCAUAGCUGGUUUGUCUCGGACGCACUCUCGAUCGUGCCCUGGGACGUGCUCGUGCAUGCGAUGACGCACAACGGCAGCGACGUUCCGAGCUCGUUGGUGAGUGUUUUCAAACUCUUUCGACUGCCGCGCAUUGUCCGCAUGUACUCGCUGGUGCGGAUUCUGCGCUUCCUCCGCGUGCCCGACGAAUACAAGCGCUGGGUGCUCUACUCUCGCCACGCGCAUUUGAUUCGACUCUUGUCGCUCGUCGCGCUGUUUAUGUUUUUGGUUCACCUCCUCGCUUGCGUCUGGUACAGCCUCGUCGUGCCCGAGCUCUGGAUCGAGACGACGAGUUCAAGCUCCACGGACGGGUCGCUCCUCGAUGCGUAUACGCUGAGCGCCUACUAUAUUGUCACUACUGUCACGGGCCAAUCCAACGUGCUCCAGACGAAUGCACAGUAUGUCUUUUCGGCCGUCAUCAUCAUCCUCGGGUCGCUCUGGAUCGCCGUUGUCUUUGGCAACGUGGGCAAUUUGAUUGCCAACUAUUAUGCCAACCACGACCUCUUUCAGCAAAAGUACUACCAGACCAUGUACGUCCGCCACGGCACGCUCAAUGGCAAGCCGUUCCAAUUCACAAAAGAGCUCUCGAAAAAUCUCUCGGUCGAAGUCGGGCUCUUCCUACGCAUGAACAUGAUUACGCGGUCCCCGAUGUUCCAGCCGUGCAGCCCCGAGUUUGUCCAGGAGCUUGUCAUGCAGCUCGGCUUUCAGGUCUACCUCGGCAACGACUACAUUGUGGUGCGUGGCGAAGUCGGCAGCGAAAUGUACUUUGUCCAAAACGGCAUUUGCGAAAUGCGCCAGCCCACGUUCAUCGAGGCGUCGUUCCAACGCAAGGAGGUGGGCGGCGUCGACCUCAAGGCGUGCCGGACGCUGGAAGAAGGCGAUCAUUUUGGGGAGCUGGCGCUGCUCAUGAACGUCAAACAUGCAGCCACGGUCAAGGCGGUCACAUUCCUCGAGCUCUGCGUCUUGAGACGAGACGUCUUCUUAGCCGUCACGGACAAGUACUGUGACGACAAGACGGUCAUUGAGAAAUUCAUUGUCGACAAGUACGACCCGGCCGUCAUGGAGUCGCUGCUCGCAAUCCAGAGCAACCCCAAGCAAGAGCACCAACGGUCGAUUGUCGCCUACAUCGAAAAGCUCACGGACCGACUCCACGACAUGCAAGACGCGAUGGAUGUGAUGCAAAACCAACUCUCGCUCCUCGAAACAAGUGGCGCCAAGCCGCCGCUUCGAAACAGUGCAAGCACAUAUUUAUCCUAA